AUGCAGACACUUAUCGCAUUAGAUCUCGAAAGCAAUUUAAUUGGAACUACUGGAGCACAGUAUCUAGCAGAUGGGUUACGAAAUAACAUGGUGAUUAUGAUCCUCUUUUUCAUCUAUUUCAUACAUCCAUCUGCCAGAUACUGUGCUCCAACAUCUUGGAUUCCAUUCUGGUUAAGACUUAAUGUAACACUUACCACAUUGAAUCUUGGUAGCAAUCAAAUCGGAGCUAUUGGAGCAAAGCAUGUAACAGAUAGAUUACGAGAUACUACGACACUUACAGAAUUAGAUCUCAAUCAGAAUCAAAUCGGAGAUGUUGGUGCUCAGUACUUAGCAGAUGCAUUAAAAAAUAAUACGACACUUUCCGAAUUAGAUCUCGAAAACAAUAAAAUCGAAGAUGUCGGAGCACAGUAUAUAGUAGACGGGUUACAAAAUAAUAUGAUUGUCUUUGGAAUCGAAAUGGGAAACUCGCAGUGUAUCAAGAGUCGUGUGAAUCCAUCCGUUACCGAAAUAACGUCGAAGCCAACUGCAUCCAGCUAUCACAAAUCAGAAUCGGAAUCGCUUAGUUCGACGCCUAACGCCAUUGCUCAUCCUCCUAAAUAUCGCAACCCUACACUUGAAGAAUGCAUUGCUACCGAACAAAAUGAAUCGUUGUCCUUGAGACAACGAAACUUAACUGAUCAAGACUUCGAAAUUGUGGCUUAUUACGCAAUACAAAAUAAUAAGAGAUUCACUCAACUGUAUCUCGGACAAAAUCAACCCGGUGACAAAGGAACACAACAUAUUGCUAAUGCUCUUCGAAAUAAUACGACAAUCACUAUAUUAUAUCUCGAUCAAAAUCAAACUAAAAUAGGCGACAAAGGAGCACAAUAUCUUGCUGAUGCUCUUCGACAUAACACGGCACUCACUAUACUAUAUCUUGAUCAAAACCAAAUCGGUAACGACGGAGCACAAUCUCUUGCUGAUGCUCUUCGAAAUAAUAAGUGUAGACAUAGGAUGCAAGACAAUGGAAGGAUGGAAUUAGUUAAUGGCGUUGUUGCAAGUGGCAAUGAGCAAGAACAUCAUCGAUUGAGGAAAUUGUUCCAUCAUACUCCGAAAAAUUAA